AUCACGAUCACGAUCACGAUCACGAUCUCGAUCUCGCCUAAAGUAUCUUAAACCCAGGACUAGAAUAAGAAAAAUAAUGGCGGUAGAAAUAUUAAAAGCAAGUAUUUUUAACCUUUUCAAUUAAAAUAUUGGGUUCGGUUGACUGUUUGCUUCAAGGUUACCAUUUAGAGUACAUCAUAUUACUUGAUUCAGAGGCAACAAUGAAGUCAUUUCCCAAGAAAAGAAAAUUUUAAAAAGGGUAAAAUUUUUUAUUUUUUAUUUUUUUUAUUGGUGGGUUUUUGAUAAAUGACAGUAAAACAAGAAGUAAAUACGGUGGAAGAUUCAAAGGAUUCUUCUGCUGUGGUUGUCUUAACUGAACAAGAACAGCAACAAGAACAAGGACCAAAAACUAAAGAAACCCAACAAAUUCAAAUGGGUAUUACUGAUUCUGAUCUUCAACCAUCAUGGUUUACUCCUAAAAGGUUAUUGGCGAUAUUUUGUGUAAUCAACUUGAUAAAUUAUGUGGAUCGAGGAGCAAUUGCUAGCAAUGGUGUUAAUGGUCAACGCAGGACUUGUGAGGGUGACAAAUGCUCUGGUGGCAGCGGCAUUCAGGGACAAUUUAAUUUGAGCAAUUUUGAAGAUGGUGUGCUAUCUUCGGCUUUCAUGGUUGGGCUCUUAGUGGCCUCCCCCAUUUUUGCUACAUCAGCCAAGAGGGUCAAUCCAUUUCGAUUAAUUGGUGUCGGAUUGUUAGUCUGGACUAUUGCUGUAAUUGGCUGUGCUUGUUCUUGGGAUUUUUGGUCCAUCUCCAUCUUCCGAAUGCUUGUUGGUGUAGGUGAGGCAUCCUUUAUCAGCCUUGCAGCCCCUUUCAUUGAUGAUAAUGCCCCUGAUUCCCAGAGAACAGCUUGGCUUGGAUUCUUUUACAUGUGUAUACCUGUUGGUUAUGCACUUGGCUACAUUUUUGGCGGUUUGGUUGGAAGCCAUCUUGCCUGGCGGUGGGCUUUCUUUUUGGAGGCAAUCUUGAUGGUUCCAUUUGUUAUUUUAGGAUUUGUUAUGAAGCCACUGCAGUUGAAAGGAUUUGCGCCUGCUGGUUCCAAGGCACUGUUAUUGGUGGAGACAGUUGCUCAUGAUGCAGAAGAUUCGGAGAUUUCAGUUAAUGACAACAGUAAUCCUGGGGAAGAGAAAAGUGAAAGUCCAAAUGAAUCUUCAGAUUCAAUAGAGAAUGAUAUUACAAGAUUUUUGAGUGACAUGAAGUUGCUUCUCGCUGAAAAAAUCUAUGUUGUCAAUGUUCUAGGUUAUAUAUCGUACAACUUUGUUUUGGGUGCGUAUUCAUACUGGGGACCGAAGGCUGGCUACAAUAUCUACAAUAUGGCUAAUGCCGAUAUGGUCUUUGGCGGCAUUACUGUUGGGUGUGGAUUGGCUGGAACUAUAGGUGGAGGUCUCCUUCUUGAUUACAUGAACUCGACAAUUUCCAAUGCUUUUAAGCUUCUCUCGUUUUCCACUUUGUUCGGAGCAGUUUUUUGUUUUAGUGCUUUCUGUUUUGAGAAAGAGACAUUUUUCCUCAUUUUUUUCGCCAUUGGUGAACUGUUAAUAUUUGCAACUCAGGCCCCAGUAAAUUAUGUGUGUCUUCAAUGUGUUAAGCCCAGCUUACGGCCACUUUCUAUGGCCAUGUCUACAGUUUCAAUUCAUGUGUUUGGCGAUGUGCCUUCUUCACCCCUCGUUGGUGUUCUCCAGGAUCAUAUUCAUAAUUGGAGGAAAACCGCUCUAAGUUUGACGUCUAUUCUGUUUUUAGCAGCUGCAAUAUGGUUCAUAGGGAUCUUCUUACGCUGUCCCGAAAAAUUCAACGGAGAGAUCGAACAUGAUAACGGGGAAGCUAACAGAACAAACAUAGCACCGUUGCUAGAGGAAAAUAGUGCAUAGUCAUUCGGUUUCAGCCAACACUAAGAAACUGGCAUGCGUUCACUUUCCUCCUUUUAACUGUGUAUUAUUUUCCUUCUGUGUAUAAAUCAUAGGUAAGUGCUUUUUAUAUGCAUCGUUCCGUCACCUACGUUUCUUCCUGGUGAUCUAUUCAUUUCGUUAUGUAGCAGACGGCGAAUGAUUCGACUAAUGCUAACAAACUAGCUCUAUGUAUAGUUUAGUUAAUCAUAUAGGGCGCAAGAAUUUUUGUAAUGACCAGAAUCUCGCCAUCACUUACAAAAUUUGAAACGCAAUACUCCAGUUGGGGGACGCUCUUAAUUAAUACUAUCAAGUUCUUGUUUUUCAUCUCUAAAA